UGAGCGAACUUCCUUAUUGGCAGUGAUAAUAGCUCAGUCCAGCGUCUUCCCUGUCGCGCACAUUUUGCACUCAUAUAUAUAUACUUCUACAACCAGUACGUUAAGUUUUCUUUAACAUCUGAGACCCACAAAUGUCGAAGCCUCCGCCAAAACCGGCCAAACCAGGCCAAGUCAAAGUGUUCAGAGCAUUGUUCACAUUUAACCCCAGAACACCGGAUGAGCUGUACUUUGAAGAGGGAGACGUUUUGUACAUCUCUGACACGAGUGACUCAAACUGGUGGAAGGGAACCUGCAGGGGGAGGACAGGACUGAUUCCAAGCAACUAUGUUGCAGAUAACGCAGAGUCAAUCGACAACCCAAUGCACGAAGCAGCCAAACGAGGAAACCUGAGCUGGUUGAGGGAAUGUCUGGAGAACAAGGUUGGAAUUAAUGGGCUGGAUAAGGCCGGGAACACUGCCCUCUACUGGGGAUGCCACGGAGGACAUAUAGAUGUGGUGGAGCUAUUGUUAGGCCAGCCCAAUGUGGAACUCAACCAGCAGAAUAAACUCGGGGACACGGCUCUGCACGCUGCUGCCUGGAAGGGUUACGCUGACAUUGUGGAGAUGUUGCUCAGUAAAAAUGCAAGGACAGACAUCAGGAACAAUGAGAACAAGCUGGCUCUGGACAUGGCCACCAACGCUCAAAGUGCUUCACUUCUAAAGAGGAAGCAGGGAAGCAAUGUCACUCGCACAUAUAGCAACGCGGAGGAGUACAUGGAUGAUGAGGACUCGGACUAAACAGUUGAAAUGUUACCGUUAUCUUCCUUUAGGUGUUUGGGAGGAGGGUUAUAAAAGCCCAAAGAUUUUUUUUUUUUUAAUAACAU